AUGUCUCAAUUCAUAUGCAUAAAGCCAACUACUAGCGCAACCGAACUUUUAUCGAUAAAGCUUCCGCAUCCAGUAACAGGUUUACCUGCACGUUAUUUCAUUCAAGAUGGAAAACUUUAUGAAGUGCAAAAAUUGGAGAGUCAGGGAGAGAGAUCUUGGUUUAUUAAUGAAACUGUCCAAAAAGAUGGAUGUCUUUACAUUAUAACUAAAAUAGAUCCACUAUUUGUUCUCUUGCCAAUCUUGGUUAAUCGCCGGAAAAAGACAUCAAAUUCGCAGGGCUUUUUUCUAUUGAUUGAAGAUCUAUUAGACAACAACGAAUAUCCGAGUUUGAUUAAAUUAUUGAAUAUUGUGAACAUUGUGGAAUACUGUGAAUGGAUUUGCGACACGAAAGAAUAUGACACAAAUAAGAAAGUUUUCCGUCUGAACGAUGAAAAAGUUUCUUAUCUAGUUCAAGAAUUCGAUGAAUUUGAGUCGUUACGAAGCUUGAUAAAACGAUUUGAUAAUGAUUCAUUAUGUUCAGAUAUUCGACAAGCUCUACGGACUAGGGCAGUCCUUGAACUGAUGUCUGAAUAUCUCCCGUCUUAUUGGAUAAAAAAAAUAACAGGAUUAUACAAUUUCGAGAAAUUGGCUGAAUUAGAAAAAGCAAAUGAUAUCACGUUUGUAGAUAAUCCAAGUGACUUUUAUGCAAGGCGAUCAUUAGAAAAAGAGUUUGAUCCGGAAAAGCAGCAAUCAGCAGCAAAGAAACAAAAAUUGACUCGUUCACAAGCCGCUCUUGCAAAAGUAAAUACAAAGGGUAUGAAAAAACUAACAACAUUCUUCACUAAACUUCCUAACGAUACUUCAAAAAAAUAG